CACUUUCUUCUUUUCGGGUUUAUUGUCUUAUGAGAAACGGUUUGCGAUGUGAAUGACCACACUCUAUGAUGGAUGAUGGAUGGAUGCCUUUCCUUUUGAUUUUCGGGGUUUUUAUUUCUUUUUCUUCUAUCUGGGAAUUCCUGGAUUCUGGCUAUAAUGAUGCGAUGUGAUCAUGGACCUGCAUUCGGCGUUUUUGUCCUUGCUUCAGCGCGGUUGCGAUGGUGUACUCGAUAGAUUGGCCGUUAUCUAGACUGCAUUGAAAUACAUUGAAAACCAAUAAUACGGUGACAGUACGAGUACGACGGGGAGAUUACAUAAUCCACGUGCCCGUUGAUGGAUUCACCUUCCAUCAUCAACUUCCCUCCUCUUCCUCCUCUUCCUCUACACUUGCAUUUUCCUGUUGUUCAAUCUUUCUGCUUUUCCCGUCUAUGGACUGGGAGCUAUCUCAAUUACCCCUGACUCCGUACCUUCCCUCCGACCGCCUCUCCCGCCCUUGAUCACCCACCUCAUACUCCAUUGCGACCAGCUGUUUACCGCCUCCCCUCCAUCCCCAUAAACCACCAUGGCCUCCCCCGUGACGGCUCCCGAGGACCAAAGCCGCCUCCUCGAGGAGGCAUUGGGAGUGGUCCGACAGCAGUCGCAGAUGAUGCGAAAAUGCCUAGAGACGCCGGGGAAAUUAAUGGAUGCGCUGAAAUGCGGAUCGACUUUUGUGUCCGAACUACGAACUCCCAGCCUAGGUCCGAAGCAAUAUUAUGAACUCUACAUGGCCGUGUUCGACGCCCUGCGACACCUCUCCGUCUACCUGAAAGAGAACCACCCCGUCAACCACCUGGCCGAUCUGUACGAAUUGGUCCAGUAUGCCGGCAAUAUCAUCCCGAGAUUGUACCUCAUGGUCACCGUGGGGACUGUGUAUAUGUCGGUGGAGGAUGCCCCUGUUAAGGAGAUCAUGAAGGAUAUGAUGGAGAUGAGCCGAGGCGUGCAGCACCCCAUCCGCGGCCUGUUCCUACGAUACUACUUGUCCGGUCAGGCGAGGGACUAUCUACCUACGGGGUCGGGCGACGGCCCCGAGGGCAACAUGCAAGAUUCGAUUAACUUCGUGUUGACCAACUUCGUCGAGAUGAACAAGCUGUGGGUGCGACUGCAACAUCAGGGCCCGUCUCGGGAGCGGGAAAAGAGGAUGCAGGAGCGCCGGGAGCUGGAGCUGCUGGUCGGAAGUAAUGUCGUUCGCCUCAGUCAAUUGGUGGACUUGGAAGGUUAUAAGUCGGGAAUUUUGCAGGCACUGCUGGAACAGGUCGUUCAAUGCCGGGAUGUCCUGGCGCAGGAAUACUUACUUGAAGUGAUUACCAAGGUCUUCCCCGACGAAUUCCAUCUCCAUACCCUCGACCUCUUGCUCUCCGCGAUCGCCCGACUCAAUCCGCACGUGGACCUGAAGAAGAUCGUCAUCGGCCUGAUGGACCGAUUGUCGGCAUAUGCGGCGCGCGAGACCGAAUUGUCCACCGAUCCGGAGACAAGACAGCAGACUGAGGAGGAAGCGGUGACAAAACUCCUCGAGAAUAUCAAGAUUGCCGAAGAGACCAAGAAACAGGCGCCUGCGGAGAAUGCGGAGAGUGCGGAGACUGCCCCCGUUCAGGAGAACGGCGUGGAGCAAGAGUCGAAGGAAACAGAAGAGAAGCCCGCGGCUGCCCCAGAGGAGGAGACCACGGAGAAAAACACCAACGGCGACAGUAACCAAAAGCCUGGCGUCCCUGCCAAUGUCAAGCUCUAUGCCAUCUUCUACGAGCAGGUGGUCAAUCUGAUCAAGUCUCGCGGACUUCCCAUUCAAGACACGAUGGCCCUGCUCGUCUCUCUGGUCAAUCUGGCCCUGAACACAUACCCCGACAAGCUCGAAUACGUGGACCAGGUCCUUGACUUUGCCACCAAAUCCACUGCCGAGUACACGGAUCAUGCGGAUCUGCACUCCGCUCCCACGCAACAGAAUCUCUUGCACCUCCUUGUUGCUCCUCUUCGCUCCUACGUUUCUAUCUUCACGGCCUUGGCCCUACCCAACUACCUUCCACUCUUGACCGCGCAAUCGUAUCCUACCCGGCGCUCCGUUGCCGGCGAGAUCGCCCGCAGCCUUCUCAAGAACCGCACACCCAUCGCUACCACGGAUAACCUUGACCGUGUUCUACAGGUUCUCCGGGUGUUGAUCAAAGAAGGCACGCAGCAAUCUAUGGGGUACCCGGGCGUGCAAUCGCAACGUCGGGGCGAAACGGACGAAACCAUCGAAGAGCAAGGUUGGCUCGCACGAUUGGUCCAUCUGAUCCAGGCACCGGAGAACGAUGUUCAACUCAAGCUGCUGCAAUCAACUCGCAAGGCCUAUGCAGAUGGCAACGAGCGAAUUCGAUACACGACGCCGGCGCUUAUCAGCGCCUCGAUACGAUUGGCGCGCAAGCUCAAAUCCCGUGAGCAUUACGAUGACAACUGGCAGUCGCAGUCGUCUGCCCUGUACCGAUUCAUGCAUCAAUGCGUCAACAACCUGUACCAGCGAGUAAACCCUGGAUGCGCCGAUCUGUCUCUCCGGCUAUUUGUGAUGUGCGGUGAGGUAGCCGACCAGACUGGAUUCGAAGAAUUCAGUUACGAAUUCUUUGCACAGGCAUUCACCAUCUAUGAAGACUCUAUCAGUGAUUCGCGGGCCCAGUUCCAGGCUGUCUGCAUCAUUGCGGGGGCUCUCCACGGCUCCCGAGGAUUCUCCAAGGAGAACUACGACACGCUCAUCACCAAAGCAGCGCUACACGGCAGCAAGCUGCUCAAGAAGCCCGACCAGUGUCGUGCAGUGUAUCUCGCUAGUCACCUCUGGUGGGUUGUCGAGAACCCGCAACGUGGGGAGGAAGACGCCAAGAACGUACGUAACCCUCUAUCAUUUCUUGCUCAUAUCCCAAAGAUGAUGUCGUUUCUAACCGCAAUCCUUUAGCUCUACCGCGAUGGCAAGCGCGUCCUCGAAUGUCUCCAGCGGGCUCUCCGUGUCGCUGACGCUUGCAUGGACACCGCUGUCUCCGUUGAACUCUUCGUUGAGAUCCUCAACCGCUAUGUCUACUACUUCGACCAACAGAACGAAACUGUCACGACCAAAUACCUCAACGGGCUGAUCGAGCUCAUCCACUCCAACUUGCAGACCAACCAGGACGAACCCAACCCGAGCCUGGAGGGCCCGAAGCGCCAUUUCGAGCGCACACUAGAGUACAUCCGAUCAAGAGACUACGAAGGCGUCGUCACGGACCCUAGACAGUGAGCCACAGGUAUGAUUUGUACGAGAUGAUGAGUGUAUUUAUUGAUUGAUUUAUUUACCUAUCUUA